AUGUUUUCGACGGCGUGCGCGCUCGGCGAUCGCGGCGCGCGCGGCGGCGCGAUCUGCGCUUUGCAGGGCGCGUUGAUACAGACGUUCGGCGUCGCCGGCGCGGUGUGGGCGGCGCUCGUGUCGCGGGCGCUGAUGGAGAGCCUGCGCGCGGGACGCGCGAGGGGCGACGCGCGACGCGAGGACGGAUUCGCGUGGACGGCGUGCGCGGCGUCGGCGCUCGCGCCGAUGCUCGCGAACGCGUACGGCGAUUCGAGGCUGGGGCGGUGUCACGUGAAAUCGGAGGGGAGGCGCGCGGCGACAAUCCGGUUGGUUUUUUAUUACGUCCCGAUUUGGGCGGCGUUUUGUUACAACGCGCGCUGCUGGCGCGCGAUUCGUCGCGGGAUGGCGAGCGCGGCGGCGCUCGAGGCGACGUUGGGGCGCGACGACGCGACGGCGCGGCGAGCGCACGCGCGAUUGCGGACGUACGUGCGACGGUUGGCGUGGUACCCGAUCGCGCAGGUGGUGACGAACGUGCCGGGGACGGCGCUGCGGGCGUCGACGCUGGCGGGGCGAGCGAAGCCGGCGCUGUGGCUCGCGUGCGCGCACGUCGCGUGUAAGACGUCGCAGGGGGCGGUGCACGCGAUCGUGUUCGUGUUGGCGCACCCGGCGCGAGGGGAGAUGGCGGUGGAGUUGGCGACGGCGUUCGGGUGCGCGCGGCUCUCGGCGCGAGCGCGGGGGGUCGGCGCGGAGGACGCGCAGACGGGGUUGGGAGAUCUCGCGGACGACGUCGAUUUCGCGAGCGACGACGACGAGGGCGACGACGAGGGCGGGGCUCGAGCCGCGGGCGAUGGGUUCGUCGUGCUCACGCGCGCGACGAUGGACGACGACGACGACGACGACGACGACGCGUACGCGUCGCCGACUCGAACGGCGGCGGUGGAAAUGUCGGCGUUCAUCGGCGCGCGAGAGAAACGUUCGGACGACGCGUCGAGUUAG